AUGGCUGUGCCAACCAGUCUGGUGGUUCCUGUCCGAUUGACUAGAGAAAAUUUCUCGGUAUGGAAGAACACGACCGUCCCUCUUCUUAACGGCUACGAUCUUCAAAAAUACAUCGAUCAAGACCCGCCGGCUGCCACGAUCGAUGAUCAACCGAAUCCUGCCUAUCAAGCCUGGUGGCGGAACGAACAGCAGGUGCUCGGCUUUAUUAACUCCUCUCUCUCCGAAAUAAUUCUAUCUAAACUAGGUCAAAAAACGACCACCAAGGAGCUCUGGACGGCCAUUCAGAAAACCUACUCCUCGUCCGAUCGCUCCCGCAUCAUGGAUCUUCAACGGCACCUCCACAACUUCGUCAAAGGCGAUUCCUGCAUCGAAGAAUACAUUCAAAGAUUCAAACGGCUUGCCGAGGAGCUUGCUCUAGCUGGUAAACUUGUUGAAGAAAUAUCUCAGAUUUGUGUUUUUUUAAGAGGCCUCCGUCCCUAA